AUGUCCUCUCCACCCCUGGCGUACCCCUCGACCGGCGAAUUCAACGUGCUUGUGCAGCGCUUCAAGUUACUGAACCUCGUCCAACGGGUUGCCCACCGUGAUGUGAGCGAGAUGCUGGACACAGUCGGGCUGGAGGGGCUUUCGCGCAAAGGCAUGCUGACGCGGUGGGCGUGGAGUGGAGCGGAGGGCGACGACGGCGAUGCCAGUAUUGACCCGAAGGUACUCGGCCAAGAAGGCGCACCGAUGUACCGAUUUGAGCAGAGCAGACCCCGUGCAUCACCCUCUACCCGCCGCGUCUCUUCGCCCGUCAGUGGACGUCCGAUCUCCCUGCCUCGUAUGCAGUUUGGUCGACCUGCCUCUGGCUUUGAUGCUCGCAUCGCAGCAGCGCGGUGGAACAGCGGCAUCGAGGAGUACAGCAGCGCGGCCGACUCGAUCCGCCGUUCGUACACGUCUACCCGGCAAAACGCCGCGGAAGAAGCCGACGCAGCCGCGCGUUUGACGACGAAGCGACGCCGGUACGUUGUUCGGCGCACCCAUCGCGUUCUGCACCGCAGCCGUUCUGAGCGCGAGACGUUCUUUUCUCGACUCGCGGAGCCACGCCAGAGACCCGGCGCGCUUGUGGAGGAGGUUCUGCUCUGCGACGAGGCGGUGCCGCCGGCACACGGCCGACGCGGUGAUGACGAUGCCCGGUCGUGGCGCGACGCUGCCGAUCGCAACGCAUCUGAAAUUGCAGAGCACGAUCGACGGGGCCGGUAUGGCGGCGACACCUACGGAGGGCGUGAUGGUGGCGUUUUCACGUCUGCUGCUCCUGCGACAAUGCAGCGGCGCCCCUCUCUCAACGCAUAUGCCUACCACCACAAGGACUUGCGUGCGCACUACUACGCACCGCUGCAACCCUCUGCCUCCCCCCGGCACUGGGCGGCAGCCGGCGCAAGCGAUGUGCGCCCUGGUGAAAAGCCCGCCGGUGAGCUUGACGACUACGAAGCUACCCUUCCCAGCCCUACUGAUCCGGUGCAUUCACAGUGCAAUGUGUCGACCGACGGCGACCCGCACGAGGUCGCCUUUACUCCACCGCCGCUGCGCUUUCGGUCGACUGGCGCCUCGUCAUCGCCGUUGGAGAGCCCAGCGCGGAUGCGCAGCAGGAACUUCGCAUCACUUGGCCAGGGAGAUGCCGCCGCUGCCUCGCCUACCGACGGCGAAAGGCACGAGGAUCAGUCCACCGCGGUGGAGUUUGUGCGCAAAUCGCCGACGGCGCCUGCAGUGUUCAUGUCAGAUGACGGCGUCGUUAAGUCGCCCUUCACCGGCGACGACAUCCAAUCGUUUGCCGCCACGGCUCCUACAGUGGCGCUGCCCAGGGGCGGAGGCAGCGGUGCGGCCGCUGGCGACGCUCCUACGGUACUCGAGCUGCAUCUCCCUCAAUCCCGCCCCAGUGGCGGUGACGGCUUUGUGUUGGUGGACGCCGGCCAGAGAAGCAGCAGCACGAGUGGACGGAUAGUUUUCGCGGACAGCGAAACUCCGCGAGCUGCUGCAGGCAACAGCGGCAGCACGUCAACAUCGCAGGUCCUCAAAUCGCCACGCGCCGCCCGCGGCCUGGCACCAAAGGCAAAGCCAAAGGGUGCCGUGGAGGGCGCGCGCGUGCCACUCGAGGCGGUGCGGCAUGCUUCAGCGCUUCUGUCGGGCUCUGGUUCUUUCCAUCCAAGUCCCACCAUCGGCAGCCGCGGCGGUAGCGCCCACAACAGCUACGCGGCAGCGAUGCCGCCGCUGCAGCAGCUGCACCCCUCCGGCACGCGUACUCCACCGGCUGUGUCCGGCUUCGGCGGCGGCGUUCCUCGGUCGCCGAGGCCGCACACCGUCACAGUACAGGCCGGUACGGCCGGCGGUGCAGGUGUUGCUGCUGACUAUAAUAUGCCGAAGGGCGUGACACCAUUAACAGUGUUUCGCACAGCUGCAUCUCCGCUGGGUUCGAUGCCGCACUCCGGCGACUUUGCUUUCACGGACUCAUUGACGGGUUACCAGGUCAGUGCCGCCACUAAAAAAUCGUUCGAGGAACUCUCCUCCGCCAUCGAUCACAUGCUUCUCGACCAUCAACAGUUGCUGCGUCAAGUGUACAAGGACACCCACGUCACGAGCCGCGAAGCGGCAAGGCAACCAGGCAGCUUUCCAGCGGCGUCUCGGUCUUCUCAGAACGCCGGUACGGUUCCCGCCAGUGACGAGGCGAGUUCGCACAGCUCCUCGUUCGAGGUGGCCUCCGAGGGCCUCGCAGAGGAAACCGCGAAGGCAGCGGGCUACGCCGGCAGCGUGGACACGACAAUCGGGGCGGACCUCGUCAGCGACGGCGCCACAGGCGAUGUGGAUGUGCAGCUGUAUGCGCUCAGCGCCGAAGCAGAGGAUGAGAUGCUUCUCUACACGCAGCUGCAGCACCAGCUGACGCAGCUGGACGCGGAUAUGGUGCGGCUUGGACUGGAUAACGCAAACGACGCGGCUGCAGAGGGCAGCGACGGGGCCACCGGUGACCGUGCACGCGGAGCGUCGCCUCUUGGACGUGGCACACCUUUGCUGCAGCCUUCGUCUCCGACGACAGUCACGGUGCAGCAUCCAGCACGCCCUCCGCGUGCCCGCGGCGAGGUGCCGGAGGCGAUAGUGCAGAGGCUGUGUGCGUAUCGCAUGAACAACUUUCAGUACAUCGCCUACAACGAGCGGUUGUGGAACACCAGCUCCAUCUCACAGUUCGUGUUUGCUCAGCGGCUGACGGCGGCCUUGAUAGAAGAGUGCUGGAGCGAGGUGAUGGCAGAGGUCGGCUCGAUCAUGGACGAGUACGUCGACGGUCUGGCGGACCACGAGUUACAGUAG